GUUUCCGGUGAGUCUUUUCCUUCCUCAGGCACUUCGUGGCGCUCGUUGUGAUCGGCCGAUGUGGAGUUUAUCCUUUUGAAUCGUGACUCUCCGGCCGUGAAGUAGCUCAAGAUGUCGUCAGAAUCGCUCCAGCUGCGUGGAACUUUAAGAGGCCACAAUGGAUGGGUUACCCAAAUUGCCACAAACCCGAAAUAUCCGGACAUGAUUUUGUCAUGCUCCCGAGACAAGACCCUCAUUGUUUGGAAGCUCACCCGUGACGACCAUAGCUAUGGUAUUCCUCAGAAGCGAUUGUACGGUCACUCGCACUUUGUGAGCGAUGUUGUGCUUUCCUCUGAUGGUAACUAUGCCCUCUCCGGAUCAUGGGACAAGACUCUUCGCCUGUGGGAUCUUGCUGCAGGGCGCUCCACUAGAAGAUUUGAGGACCAUACCAAGGAUGUUUUGAGUGUGGCCUUCUCCGUGGACAACCGUCAGAUUGUUUCUGGUAGCCGUGACAAGACCAUCAAGCUGUGGAACACACUUGCUGAGUGCAAAUACACUAUUACGGAUGAAGGCCACAGUGACUGGGUGUCUUGUGUGCGUUUCUCCCCCAACCACCACAACCCCAUCAUUGUAUCUGCUGGUUGGGACAGGAUGGUCAAGGUUUGGAACCUUGCUAACUGCAAACUCAAGAUCAACCACAUUGGACACACCGGGUACCUCAACACUGUGACUGUUUCCCCUGAUGGCUCUCUGUGCGCAUCUGGUGGCAAGGACUGCAAAGCUAUGCUGUGGGAUCUCAACGAUGGCAAGCAUCUGCACACAUUGGACCACAAUGACAUUAUCACCGCCCUGUGCUUCAGCCCCAACCGGUACUGGCUGUGUGCUGCUUAUGGACCAUCUAUCAAGAUUUGGGAUCUGGAAUCCAAGGACAUGGUUGAGGAACUCCGACCUGAAGUUGUUUCCUCCACCACUAAGGCUGAGCCUCCACAGUGCCUGUCUCUGGCCUGGUCGACUGAUGGUCAGACUCUGUUUGCUGGUUACUCAGAUAACAUUAUUAGGGUCUGGCAGGUGUCUGUUUCUGUGCGAUAAGAAGUUGGAAGCUAGCGGGGUUGUGUUUUUAUGUGGUUUCUCAUAUGAAAUAUACGGCCUUGCUGUUUAUUA